CAGGUAUCUAGGAACUACCUAAAUACCUAUCUAUCCUACCUGCGGCAUCCUAUCUCAAGAUCCGACAUUCGCUCUUCAUUUUUCUCCUUCACCAACACCCAAUCAACGAUAACAUGCCAGUCACUGGCUCUGAUACCGUACUUGGUGCGUUGAAAGGGCUCGUUGGCCCUUCAAAUACAGCAUUGUUGCAUGAUGUCUCGGGAAAGUCGGAGCAUUUUCGUGCAGAACCUGACGGUGGGAUAUCUUCCCUGACUGAAUCCAAUGAUACAGACCUUCGUCAUGCCGUUCUCAGUGUAAUUAACCACGUCUUGUCUUCAGAGGACAACAUGGGCCAAAGCCAAUUAUCGAGGCUUGUGGCAGCCGUCAGUGAGAAAGCAUUGACAUUGAGGAGCGUUCAAGACCACUCAGAACUCCUCACAGAAGCAGCUGUUGCCAGUCUCAGUAUCUUGUGCUCGAAAUAUCGCAUUACCCUGGAUCAGAUUACUCUCGUGAAGCUCACAGCUGUUACUGAUCCUCAGGACCCAUGGACAACUGCACAAGCUGCAGCAGCAGCUUCAAAACUUUUGUCGAAACACCUUGAGGGUGAAAGUCUGAACGAUUUUAUCACCAACGCGGUCCUUCAGAAGCAUUUGAAGCCAUUAUUUAUGAAAUCAUCCUCGCGAAUCACUGCUUCAGGACGGCCCUCCCAGUAUGACGUGGUUGAUGAUCGGUCCCGACCUGUGAUCGAAGUGCAGUCAUGGAGGACUCAGGCCCCGUGGGCAGAGGCCACAAUCCAAUGGACAGUAAAUAUGUCUACGACGUCGCUCAUCAAGCAGCACUGGCCGCUUUUCUUGCCAGUCCUGUUGGCGCUGGUGGAGAGCGAGUCUACCAAGACCAAGGCCAGAGGCUUAAUGACCACGAGAGAAUUCAUGAACAGGUGCCCAGCUCAAGUACUGCAAAACACAGGCAUAGGCCGUGUAUUUGCGGACGUCACAUUCCCGCUCCUGCUCUAUCUCCCUAGCGUCACACCAGAGGAUGAGUCUACGACUAUACUCAUGCCGGCUUACGACGUGCUUAUUAAGCUGGCCCAGGCCACCGGGCAUACCAACAGUAUCGAGCGCCGCCGAUUAUUUGACAAGAUCCUCAGGGACGGAGUAUUCGCAGGCUAUUUCCAUGCUUCUCAGCACACUCGCGUUGUCCGCGUUCUGCUACAGAAGGCAACAGCAGUAAUCAAUGGUCUGGGUAUCUAUACAACCAAACACUUAACUCCUCUUCUCUCAAUGGUAUCAUUAGUCAUGACAGACCCCUUUGCAGUCUCAUAUCCUCCGACCCUGAUAGCGGCGACGCAAACCAUGAGCGCCAUCAUUACUAAUACAUGGCCUCGUGUCCGAGAAACUGAGCAUAUCGAGAACGUCGCCCGAAUUCUGUCAUUAUGUUGGUUAAACGUCUCUGAGGAGAUCGAGCAUGAGGAAUCUCGGACUUCAGCUGAUAUCAACACAUUGUCACAAGAGUUGGCACAUACAGCUCGAAUUCUUCAGGCCCUCUGGGACCAUGAUGCCUCUGAACGUCCCACGAAGCUGAGUGAAGCCUUGAAGCAAGAACCGCGGCUGUGUACUCUGUUCCCGAAAAUGCUCGCUGAAGGCUGAGGGGCUGCUGCUAAGUCUCAGUCCAGAGGCUGCUGCUUGAAAAAAGACUUCCCACGCAGCCAUUUCCUAUAGGCUUUGUAUCGUUUCUUCGGACCAUCUUCCUCAGUCACUGUCAGAGGGUUUUCCCCCACCUUGAGCAACUCAGCGUAGACAUCGAUCUCUUCUUCAGUUCCUUUGACCAUUAAACCUUCAUCUUGCCAGUCACCGCUUACAUACUCCUGAUACUCAGACGCAUCCACGUCUACGGGCGUGUCGCUCGAGAUAACGAGAGGAAGGUUUUGAGGAUGACGGAUGUAUCGCUCGUAAUCUUCGGAUUCCUGCUCGGCUACAGACGGAUUCAGUGAGUCAUGGACAGCUUUGGUGAAAGUCCAUUGUGCAGCCUUGGAUUUCUCCAGGGCUGUUGGCUUCGUCUUGGGGCUAUGUUCAGAUGCCUGCACUGGUUGGUUUCGUGUCCAGUCGCAGAGAGCUGGGCAUGUACACCUUUGUCUUGAACAGGUUGCAGCCAACGCUGGAGCGAGAUCCCUUUCGCUGGUGAUCGGUCCAUGAUCGAAUCUGGCGCCCCAUUCGCUCCCACAGUCUGCCCACGAGAACUUGUUACAUUUGCGUGUGGAUGAGCAUCUUUCUUCGAUUUCUUUUUGUCGCCGUGAUCAACUUCAUUGUCGGUACGAACCCGGAAAGGGCUGAGGUCGUAGCGGCCAUCCUGGGUAGAUUUAAGGGGAAUGUAUUUGAUAGUUGAGUUCAUCUUGUAGGCAAACAUCUUGGGGAAAGAAGAUAGGGUGGAUGGCCUGUAAUACUCGAGCCAAUAGUCAUCAAAGAAUUCAACCGGAUGAGCGCGGGCAAUGUCUUUGCUGGGUACGUAUGGUGGAAUUGUUCGUUUCUGCAAGUGAGCCGGAACAUACCAAUUGAUGUAGUCGUGCUUCAACCUAGCAGACCAAUCUCGUGGGUCGGCGUGAUGGAGGUAAUAGUCAGUUGCCAAGUCCCAC